CGACUAUCUUUUUGCGCGUCUAUCCCCCCCUCUCUCUCUCUAUCUCUACGCUUAUCAUUGCGAUUGCGCGAUUCGUCAAAUUAGGGUUUCCUCUCCUCCGUCGGGGUCGUCCGCCAUCGAUCGCAAAUGACCGGGAAGGCGAAGCCGAAGAAGCACACCGCCAAGGAGAUCGCGGCCAAGGUCGACGCCGCCACCACCAACCGGGGCGGCGGCAAGGCCGGCAAGGCCGACCGGUCGGGCAUCGAGAAGGGCGGCCACGCCAAGUACGAGUGCCCCAACUGCAAGACCACCGCGCCGGACCUCAAAUCCAUGCAGAUCCACCACGACGCCCGCCACCCCAAGAUCCCCUACGACGAGUCCAAGCUCAUCAACCUCCACGCCGUCCUCGAACCCGCCGAGCCCUCCUCCAAGGGCGGCCGUCCCGGCGUCCGAGGUAGUCACAAGAAGUGAUCGGAAAAGCUUCCCUCGCCCCCCGGAACCUUAGUCUCGACCGCCCGGUCGCGGGCUCUGGUCUUUUUCCUUUUUUUUUUUUUUUUUUUUUAUCGUCUGUCUUUGUGUUGGAUUUGAUGGUGUAACGGUAGGUCGAUGAGGGAAGUUGUUAGGGUUGGGGGUUGGGGGAGAAAGGGGGUUGGGGUUCGUCCAUCUUUUGGACGCUGUCUUCUUUGGCUAAGCUUGAUGAUGUAUAUUGUAUGUUCUCAGACUAUGAUGUCUUAGAAUUCGCCUAUCAUCAAUGAAUCGAGAUGGAGUUUCCUGUCUUUAUGCUAA